CCUCACUCCUACACGUUCAUCCUCCAUCGUGGACCGUGUAGUUGCAGUCGCUGAAUUCCACAUUAGCGGCUAAAUCUGAAGCGCAAUAUUUCUUCAAAAUGGAGUCGUUUGAAGGCAUAUACCUCAACCUGUCGAAGCAGCCCGGCAGGACUCGAUUCGCAGAAGCCGGUCUGGCAUGGAAGCCCCCAGGAACCGGCGAGACCUUCACCCUAGAUUCAUCCCAGCUCGUACAAGCACAAUGGAGCAGGGCAGCACGAGGCUAUGAAGUGAAGAUACUUUCCAGAGCAGACGGCGUGAUUCAGCUGGACGGAUUUCAGCCGGAGGACUUUGAACGCAUCGGCAAGGUUUUCAAGAACUGGUACAGCGUCAACUUGGAGAAUCGGGAGCAUGCUCUGCGGGGUUGGAAUUGGGGAAAAGCAGAGUUCGGGAAGGCCGAGCUAUCAUUCAACGUUCAGAGCCGGCCUGCCUUCGAGAUACCUUACACCGAGAUUUCCAACACCAAUCUUGCUGGAAAAAACGAAGUCUCUGUCGAUUUCUCUUUACCUGCAAACGGCGAAGAGACAGGCACGAAUGGACAUCUUGGAGGCUCGCGGAAAAACGGAAGGAAAUCCGGCGCAGCUAGGGACCAGCUUGUGGAGAUGCGCUUCUACAUUCCGGGCACUGUGACAAAAAAGGAAAAGAAAGAGGACGGCGAAGACGUCAGCGAUGGCGAGGACACAGAAGAGCAGAAUGCUGCCAACCUAUUUCAAGAGACGCUCAUGAACAAGGCUGAGAUUGGCGAUGUCGCAGGUGACAACUAUGCAUCUUUCCAGGACAUUCUCCAUCUCACACCGAGAGGACGCUUCGAUAUCGACAUGUACGAGAAGUCAUUCCGAUUGCGAGGAAAGACAUACGACUACAAGAUUCAAUACGAAGCUAUCAAGAAGUUCAUGCUGCUACCGAAGCCGGAUGAUGUUCACAUGCUUAUCACUGUAGGGCUGGAUCCGCCACUGAGACAGGGUCAAACACGAUAUCCCUUCCUCGUCAUGCAAUUCAAGCGGGACGAGGAAAUUGUCCUUGACCUGAACCUGACGGAAGAGGUCAUCGAGGGAAAAUACAAGGACAAGCUCAAGUCCCAUUACGAGGCGCCAAUAGCCACAGUAGUCAGCGAUAUAUUUAGGGGCCUGACAAACAAGAAGAUCACGAAGCCCUCAACAUCAUUCACUAGCCAUCACGGGCAAAAUGGUGUCAAAUGCUCAGUCAAAGCUAACGAGGGCCAUCUUUACUGCUUGGAUAAGGCCUUCAUGUUCGUACCAAAGCCUGCAACGUACAUCUCGAUCGAAAAUGUUGCAUCGAUCACGAUGUCACGUGUAGGUGGAGCAAUGGCUGCCAGCAGAACCUUUGACAUCACUGUCACCAUGAAGGGAGGCGCUGGAGAACAUCAAUUCAGCAACAUCAAUCGUGAGGAGCAAGGGCCUCUGGAGAACUUCUUCCGCGCUAAGAGUAUCAAAACGAAGAACGAGAUGAUUGAUGACUCAAGUGCGAUCAUCGCUGCGGCGAUGCAAGAUGCUGAGCUUGCUUCCAGCGAAGAUGAUCGUGUUGUUAACAAUAGAGGGAGCGCAGAUGAAGACGACGAGAGCGUUGACGAAGACUUUCAAGCCGAUUCUGAUUCCGAUCCAGCGGAAGAAUACGACUCAGAUCACAAGAGCAGUGGUUCAGACAGCGACGAGGAGAUGGCAGACGCAGAUAGCGACGGCCCUGCGAAGGAAGAGAUGGUCGAGCGACCCAAGAAGAAGGUCAAAACGUCAAAAUGAGUGCUGUUUAGAAGCGAGGCGAACUGGUAACGGUAAUGGCAAAAGCGAUCAGUCCAGGCUAGGACAGGGGAGGCUUCAUUUAUAUGCGUAACCCCCAGAGUCUUCGAUCUCUCCAGAUCGAUAUGCGGCCGGAGGGCUGGGAUUUGGAUUUGAGUUCAGAGCCUUCUUCCUGGCGCAUAGAGAUCCUGUUUGCGCGCACCAAGGCAACAUAACCGCCGAAGAGGCUUGUCAAGGGUCAUUUAUUACGCGGACACGAGUCGGUCGGGUG